GGCCGCGGUGUCCUCGCCGUGACACAGCCGCGAUGCCCGACGUGCGCGCCGGGCGCUGCCCCGCGCCGGCCCGGGGACAGCGCUGAGCCGGGCAGAGCUGGUAUUGUGUCACCCAAGAGCCUCACGCCCUGCAAGAGCCCCGUUCCCCGAGGAACCCCCGUUCGCCUCACGGCCGAUGAGACACCCCCCGCGCCUCUGCGGCUCCCCGCCCUUCUGUUGAGUCUUCAAGCCCAGGGGGUUCUGCUGCCUCUGACCAUGAGUUUGACCCCUCGGCUGAGAUGCUGGUGCACGACUUCGAUGACGAGCGCACGUUAGAGGAGGAGGAAAUGAUGGAAGGAGAACCCAACUUCAGAUCUGAAAUCGAGGAUCUCAACAGGGAGAGUGCCAUGCCCAUCCAGGAGCUGCUGAGCCGCUAUGGCUACGAUGGCACCGUGCCCCUGCAGGAGGAGGAGGAGGAGGAGGAGGAAGAGGAGGAGGAGGAGGAGGGAGAGGAUGAUGAUGAUGUGGAUAACGAUGACAACAGUGGCUGCAGUGGGGAGAACAAGGAGGAGACCAUCAAGGAUUCCUCAGGGCAGGAAGAUGAGACCCAAUCCUCCAAUGAUGAGCCAGCCCCAGCUGGGGCAGCUCAAGACCCCCAGGAGUUGAUUCGCCCUCGGCGCUGCAAAUAUUUCGAUACCAAUAGUGAAAUAGAGGAGGAAUCUGAAGAAGAUGAAGAUUAUAUUCCCUCAGAAGACUGGAAAAAGGAAAUCAUGGUGGGCUCUAUGUUUCAAGCUGAAAUUCCAGCUGGCACCUGCAAAUACAAAGAGAAUGAAAAAGUGUAUGAAAAUGAUGACCAGCUGCUCUGGAACCCGGAUUUUUUACCUGAGGACAAAGUGAUUGAGUUCCUGAGCGAGGCCUCGCGGCGCACGGGGGAGGAGAAGGGGCUGGAGGCAAUUCCUGAGGGCUCCCACAUCAAGGACAAUGAGCAGGCUCUCUAUGAACUGGUGAAGUGCAAUUUUGACCCUGAGGAAUCCUUACGGAGGCUGAGGUUCAAUGUCAAAGCAGCCCGAGAAGAAUUAUCAGUGUGGACAGAAGAGGAAUGCAGGAACUUUGAACAAGGGCUGAAAGUUUAUGGCAAAGAUUUCCAUGUGAUUCAGGCAAAUAAGGUGCGGACCCGCUCGGUGGGGGAGUGUGUGGCGUUUUAUUACAUGUGGAAGAAGUCGGAGCGUUACGAUUUCUUCGCUCAGCAGACGCGAUUCGGGAAGAAAAAAUACAACCUGCACCCUGGGGUCACGGAUUACAUGGACCGGCUCCUGGACGAGAGCGAGAGCGCCGCUUCCAGCAGGGCCCCGUCCCCCCCUCCUGCAGCCUCCAACAGCAGCACCAGCCAGUCUGAGAGGGAUGAGUGCACCUCCAGCAGCACCCAGAACGGUGUCUCUGCCAACGGCCCAGGGGAGGUGCCAGGGAAGGAGGAGGCCAAGCUGGAGGGACUGCAGCUCAAUGGGCCCAGCAGUGGCAGGAAAGCUCACCCAGAGCUGGACACCAACGGCUACGAGCCCCAAAACCUCCCCAGCGAGCCCAGGGCUGCUCAGGCACCUUCCAGGAACGAGCCUGAGCUGGAGGAGAAGGGUGAGAGACCCCUGAAGAGGAGGAGGAUGAACAGCAGUGGCAAGGAGAGCCCAGGUGCUUCAGAGUUCUUCCAGGACACCAACUCCCACAAGCUGGAGGAGCUGGAAACUUUGGAUGACUGAGUGCUGGGAGCUGAUUUUAUUCCUUGGAGUAAAUUUUGGGUGUCUAAAAUUUUCAGGGUUGAUGGGUUGCCUUCCAAAAUCCAGUUCCAUUAACAAACUGAGAUUUUUUAUUUUUGUUGUUUCCUGAGACCUAGUUGGCUCGAAAGAUCCAAUGAUUUGGGAUUUUUUUCAGUGCUGAAAAGCAGCAGAAUAUUGAAUUUCUCAGAGCUAGCAGCUGCAGUUCUGGGAUAGAAGGCUCUUAAAUAUUUAAGGAACAAAGCAGUGGGAUGCUGCAAAAAUAUUCCCAGCCUAACACAUUAAAGAAUGUGUUAAUACAGCAUUUAAUGUAUAAAACAGCAUUUAAUCAGUGUACAAGUGAACAAAGCAUUUGGGGCUUUGCAGGAAGUUAAAAUAAAACAGGAAAAGCCAAGAGAGAGCAGGCACAGAGACUUCCACUCCUGCUGGAGACAGGAAAAUGUCAUCCCAUCACUAAGGAACCCUCAUGAAUCCUGAAAGUUAUGAGCACAACUAUUUUUAUAUAUAGAAGUUUUAAGAGGUAAAUAAAUAAACCAGGUCAGGUUUGUCUAUGUAAAAUUGUUGACAUCAAUGAUGUCUUUCCAUAUUCUUUAUCUGGGCUAAAGAAAUACAUUCUGUAUUUUUCCAGAUUUCUUUGUAGCCUUUGAAAGAUUUUUACAGUACUUAUGUCUUGAUUGAACUGUCCUUUCUUAAAACAAAAGCUUGUAUAAUUUUCUUACCUUGUACAGUUGGUAAACUUUUAUGAGAGAGUUGAUACCCUGAGUCUAAUGUCAGCUUCCUUUUAUUUUGCUGAAGUCUUUUCUAAAAAAAAACCCAACAAAAAAAAAUCCCCCCUUAAACCAAACCAAACCAAACCAAUGAAGUUAAAAAUUAAUCACCAACGUGUUAAUUUCCUUCCUAGAAACUGGUAAAUAAUUAACAUGAGAAUGGUUAGGAGGCAUUUGAUUUUGGAAAUGGUUUGUUUGGUUUUUUUUCUUGUUUUAUGGCAAAUAAUGAUGUUUCAAUUUUUGUUAAGCAUGCUGCUUGCACUGCACACAUCUCCUUGCUUCCUCCCUCCCUUUCUUUGGAACUCAGAGCAAUUUCCCAGCAGCCAAAUUCUGGAGUUUCCUGAAGCUUCCUCGGGCUGAGCUGUUCCAUCAGGCUCUGGUUGGAAAUGCAGCUGGGACUGGAGCUGCACUGGGAUUGCUGGGGAGCUCCAGAGGGAGCAGCACAGCCAGGGCAGAGCUUGGAGCUGAUGGUCCCAGGGGUCUUCUCCAGCCUGGACAAUCCUGGGUUCUGGAUUGGAGCACAGGGAGAGGGGGCAGCAGGAAUUUCACAUUUCAGUGUGAAAACCAAAAAUUCCUCAUCAAUAAAUGGGAGUGGGUGAUGCUCACCCUGCCAGCAGCACCACUGGAAAGUUCUGGAUGUGGGAUUUACAUCCAGCAAUCAGGAACUGGGGAAAUCCAAAUUCAUUCUGCUUUGAUUUGGUUGCUUUUUUCAGCCCAGCUGUUAAAAUUCAGGAUAAUUGUUCAUUUGUGUGCUUGGUGACCCUGUGUCCUCCUCCUCCCUCUGCCCACCCUGAACUGCUCCUUUCCCCUUCAGCUUUCUGCUCUUUGUGUUCCAGGUGAAAUGAAUGGUUUGAAAUGGAUGGAGCCCAAAGCUCUGAGGCCUUGGGGCUCCUUUGGUUUUUUCCUCCUUGGAUUUGUGAUCAGGAAUGAAGCAGGAGGAGGUUGGGAUGCAGAGCUGCAGCUCCCAGCUCCUCAUUAAGGCUGAGGUAAUUAAGGAGUGCAGUGAUUAAUGCCUGAGCUCCCCCUGGGUAUGAGCAGAACCCCAAAUUCCACACAGGCAGAAUCCUGGUUUCCAUUUUCUUGGUUUAUUUUGCUCUUUGUUUGCGGUUGCAGGUUGGAAAUGGUUCCCAAAAAUCCAUAGGAAAGUUCCCAGAUUGUCUCAGGCUCCUGUGUGAAAUCCAGCACUGUGUAUAUUUUCAGGAAUGUUGCUUUGUUUUUUUAUCUUUCCUUUUAUUUUGUUUUUUUUUGGUGAUACUUAGACCUGACAUUCCAUAAUCCACUAUGUAAUGCUCAGCUAGACUUUAAGAAUAUUUAAUUCUAAUUUACCUUUUGUUUAUGCUGGUGUUUUAUACAAUUCUUUGUUCAUGUUUCAAACUGCAGCCACUAGAAGUGAGUAAGUCCUUGCACUACUAAAGCUGUUGAAAAUCCUGGAACUCUGCUCACCUUGCUUUCAUUUCCCAAGCCUUCAGUUGGGAAUCCAGUCCAGCAGGAAAUCCUGUUCAAUGUGCUCUAAACCCCUCACACACAAACCCUACAGAUGAGUUGGAUCCAUUUUUUCCACACAGUAUUUUGCACUGUCAAUAAUUCCCUCCUCCUCCUCCCCUUCCCUGUCUGCAAUUCUGGAAAAGCUUAUUAAAAUAUUUUUAAACUUGC